AUGGGCAACCCGUUCCCCUUCCUCCAAAUGACAACGGUUAGUCAACGACAAAUGAUUCGACUAUUCAAUUUCCAUGAGCAAAUUUGCUACGCACUAAUCUCCAAAAAGAGCGCGGAAUUCGUAAAAAGUCUAAAUUUGAAGGUCAAGGCAUUCUCUAUAGAAUUUUUGAGUCCAAAACGAAUAGAAAUUACAAUCGGAGAUUGGGGAAAAAAUACCACAAUUCGAACGAAUUUAAUCGAUUAUUGGGGAACGGGACAUUCAAUUAUUCAAUUCCCAAUGAACAACCCUCCAAGAUGGAUUUAUCUAAAUAUUGGGAUUCUGGAGUUCUUAAAGCUCCUAUCUGAAAUCUACCAUUGCAAAUUUCUCAAUUACCAUUUCGGAAAUUCAAAACUUUGGCUUCCAAUGGAAAUUAUCGAAAAACUGUCGAAUGGAUUUCAAGUCGACACUCUUGCUAUUACAAAUAAACUUAAAGACAUCAGGAGAAUUCUAAAGUAUCAUCUUCCAGUAAAUGAUCUUUCUAUUCUUGGUAAUUUUGCUCUAACUACGCGAGAAUAUGAAGAAAUCGUUUACAUCUGGGAAUAUGAUUACUUAUUACUAGCAUUUUUCCAUCUUUACGACUUUAGCUUUUUGCAAUUUAAGACCUGUCAUUUGGAGUUUCUUUAUAUCAGAGAAAAUCUUCCAAGAAUUUUCAACCAGUUUCUCAAAAAAUGGACCCAAUCUGAAACUUAUCCGAAAUUGAAAUCCAUGAUGAUCAGAUGGGAGUGUCCCGGUUUUGGUGCUGAGAUUGAUACGAUUCUAGAAGGCGUACAGUAUAAACGCUUGCCGAAUACUCAAACACUUCAAUUUAAGUGUUGCUAUGUUUCAUAUUACUGGUAUCCGAUUGAUACGAUUCAUGGAAAAUAUGGAAUUCGGAAUCAUGCGGACAAUCAGAAGGCCGUUCUCGCUAUUGAAUCUAGCCGAGGCGCUUUUUAUUGGAAUUUCUAUGUGGUUUAA